AAGGUGUAGCAAAAGAUACAACAAACCAAAAAAAGCAAUACAAUUAAGUAAUCCAAAUAAUUUGAAAAUAAUUCUACUUCCGGUCUGAAUCGGAUGCUGCCCUCGCUGACUCCAGAUCUGCAAUAGUCUACGGCGGUCGAGCUUCGUUUCCAAGCCGGACGAAAACAAAACAAUACAGUCGCCGAAUUUAUGGUGACACAUUUGGACAUUCUGCGUCAACAUGUCACAUUAUAAGGCCCCAGACCACAAGAGAGAGCAGUUUCGGCGAUAUUUGGAAAAAGCUGGUGUUGUUGACAGUCUAACCAGUGUUUUAGUAGCGCUGUACGAACAACCAGAGAAGCCUACCAACGCUCUGGAAUUUGUCAAGCAGCACCUUGGCACGCCCGGGCUUACAGAGGCUGACACGGAGGCUCUGCAGCAGGAAGUGGUGGACCUGAGGCAGAGGUGUGCCCGUCUGGAGGAGGAGAACCUAGACCUCAAAGCCAGACUGCAGCGCCAUGAGCCACCUGAAGACAGCACUGUUGCGGAAUAGACUUCGGGGGGUGCUUUACGUUUUUUGAUGUUUUGCAUCUGUAAUUAAAAAAAAAAGUGCCUUUCUCUAUCACCACACACAUUAUGACAUUAUGAAGAUGGCACCUUAUUUAAUGACACACAAAUCACUUCCUGUAGUUAUGAUCAUAAUUACAGAAUAAAACUAAUAUGAUCAGGUUGUAAUGUUACAGGUGUAUAUAAAUCUUGUCACCUUAAAGUGAUUGUAACUAAUUGCAACAAAAGCAGAACACCAAAAUGAAAGUCAUUUGCAUGUAGAACUAUAAUACUUGUACUGUAUUCACUAAGGGCUGUAUAUUUUUGUUGUGCUUGACUUAAAUAGACACAAAAGUAGAUCUUACAUUUUGUCACGUUUCUGUGAGUUUAUGUAAAUUAUUAAAACAUGUUUUGCACAUGCUA